AUGGCUACCCAAAGCAGCUUCAUGACCGCGAUGAGCAAUCGCUCGCUCCGCACCAUCCGAUCGGAACUCGAGUUUCUUGCAGAUGCUUCGGUUAUUACACGUCAGCAACUCUCGUCGAUACUGGCUCAGCUGCCUAAUGAGCCCCCCCAACAAGCCGCUACACCAGUUCCUCAGCCACAACAGCAACAACCGGUUGUCGCUCAAUCUCAACCUCCCCCAGCAUCAUAUGCUCCUCCCACAUCGCAGUUUGCCAAUAGCUCUCUGAACGAAAAGGCGGCUCUGCAGCAACAACAAUACUCGACCCCCUCAGUUCCUCCACCCGCUUAUCCUCAAGCUGCGCCCGUAUUGUCCGUCGCUACAGCACUCUAUGCAUAUACCCCAACAGAUGCUGGUGAUCUUGCUCUGCAGCCACACGACCGUGUCCAAGUUUUGGAACACAUGAACGCAGAUUGGUGGCGUGGCCGUAACGAACGGACCAACCUCGAGGGUAUCUUCCCUCGCAGCUAUGUGAACGUAAUAGAAGAGAAGGGAGUGUCGUCUCCCCCUCCUAGCAACUAUGGAAAUGUGCCUCUUGAGGUUAGCCAGAACGGCUCAUCUACCCCGGAUGGAAAGCGACCCGGGGGCAAAUUCGAGGAGCAGGGCAAGAAGUUUGGAAAGAAGAUGGGCAAUGCCGCUAUUUUUGGUGCCGGUGCUACUAUCGGUUCCAACAUUGUGAAUAGUAUCUUCUAG